UUGUCACGUCGUAACAAUGACAGCUCCUAAUCGGUGUUGUUACACAACUGUUGAUCCUCGCGGACGGGGCCAAUGUCACGAGCCACUGCGAAUAUCGAUUGCAAGGAAGACGCAUCCGGAAGGAAAUAUUGGGAAAAUAUUCUCCCGAGACGAGUAUAAAAGCUUCAAGUUGGACGGACACAGCAUCAUUCAUCUCAAAGCAGUUGAAGUGACAACGGCUAAAAUGAAGUCUUUAGUGUGUGUUCUACUUCUGGUUGCUAUUGUGGCGGCCGAGCCCCCACUGUUCCAGCCGCCGUCGCGGACCCAGCGCCUGGAGUUCCGGAGAGAUGCUGAAGACAGCUCUAAAGAACCAACUACGGAGAAAGCAGCUGAAGCGGUCCCCAAAAAUGUAGACACUAAUGCUGGUGGUGCUCCCUACCCGGCGGCUGGGUUCAGACCCGUCGUGCCCUUCAGUCUGCCCCCGAGAGCGCAGGCGUCUCCUCCAGGCACAUCAUACGGUCUUCCUGCCGACAGCUACGGGCCUCCACUAUUCAGCUUCGUGGGUCCCCCGUCGUGGUACGGUGCUCCGGCCAAGGCUGAGGAGAAACCCGAAGAGCCGAAGCCCACAGAAGCAGAAGCCGAACCCACGACUACCACCGAAGAGCCGACGACUGCCAAGCCCGAGGAGACGACUGUAGCAGCGACUACAGAGAAGGUUCCAGAGCGAGCCACCGGGGCGUACUAUGUUCUGCUGCCGGGGCCACAGCUGCAGCGGAUUGUGUUCUCCACGGAGAAUGACGUCACCAACAUGGCGUACACUGCGCAGAUCCAGUACAAGAGCGAGGACCGCGGGCCCAUCUUCGUGUACUCCCCCGCACCCGCGCCCCCCGCAGCCCCUGCGGCGCAGUACGGGGCCCCUAGCGCCGCCUACACUACGUACCAACUGGCCCCCGCGUACCAAUACCAAUGGCGAUAGGACUUUUAAUUGAUUCUUGAUUCCUUUGUGAGAUUAUUUAUUCCAUACUUUUCUGUUCGGUUAUUUAUUUUGGACGAGGUCGUAAUUUUUUAUGUUAUGCAAGGAGUUUGAAAUAAAAUUUCAGAAUUAGCAUAA